AUUAUAUUAUUACAGGCUGUGCGUGAAAAAUUUAUAUUCUAACUUCGCUCUUAUCUGCUACCGUGCCACAGACUUGGAUAUGAUCUAAGAUGAGGUGAAAUCGGAAUUCGUAAUCGCUAUAUUAUUAUCAGUCAUCACUCUGCAGUCUGCACUCGCCAGUGCCCUCUCAAUUCUCAUUACUCAUCAGUCRUCAGUGAAAUCGACUACGUUUAAGUUGUUCACUUAUUGUUUGUGCGUUUGUCCACCAGUUUCUCAACUCUCAGACGAUCUUUGCAAACCGGACUACAAAGUAAUGAAAAUAAUGAAAAGCCAUCCAUCAACAGUCUAUACGCAUCUUAGAAACCUUAAGUCGAAUUGUAUCAUAGCCAAGGCCUAUUCUUAACCAGAAUCAGUUAUCCAGCAACAGCGUUCAAUAACCAGCACCUACAUCUUCUAGUCAAUCAAUUCCUACCUUCAACAUGAGUUCAGCUGAUCGUUCAAUAUCAUCUGGGUUCCCGAUUCCUCAGUGGAUGAAAUCUAAAAUAAAUGAUCGAUAUGACCUAGACCAACCAUCAUUUUCUCCAGAAGAAACAGACGACAGUUUUUUUUUGGUUCGUUAUUUGAAACCAGACUCGGUAAAUCAAAAACACAGCGAGAACACUAAAAAUAAACCAACUGAGGAAAAUUUAGCAGAAAAAACAGUUCAAAAUUUWAAAAAAAUGCCUCCAGCUCUAAUUGUUACAGAAACACCAGAAUAUAAGGGACAUACACUCGCUUGUCAACGCUUCAUUACAAAUACUUGUGCUGAUGCAGUAGCAGCUGCAAGUUUGGGUGAAAAUGUAACUGACCCUCCAAAAUCAUUAGGGAUUGAUGAUGGUUUUAAAAGUGGAGCUUCUGAAUGUGGCAAAUCUAUUGUGGCAAUGGCACAUCAAAUGGUGAAUUUGGAGACAAAUUUGAAAGAAAAAUAG